GACCAUUCAGCCCGCGGUACAAGAUGGCGGCGCGCUGGUCGCGUCGUGCUUGCGUUCGUUACUAGGGGUUGCAGGCACCCGAGAAGGUGGCGGUGGCGGCAUCUCGAAGCGAGUGACAAGGGACUUAUAAGGGAGGGAGCAGUAUAUAUUUGGAAAUUAAUGUAUUCCUGCCUGUGUGACCCUGGGCAAGUCACUUGCCCGAAUUGCCCAGCCCGUACUGCUCUUCUGCCUUGGAACCAAUAGGAAGUGUUGACUCUAAGAGGGAAGGUAAGAGUCAAAAAAAGAGGGAAGAGAAAUUAAGAUUUCUUCAACCCCUUGAGACAAGUGGAGACACCUAGGGGUGUAGUGAAACCAGUUUUGGGAACCAUCUGUUUAGACAACCAGCCUCUUGAUCUCCACCAUAUUAGUUGCAUCGAGGAAGAUGACCAUCAUCUUACCAUAACACUAAGGAAUACAUAUGAUACAGAACCUUAUCACUUAAAUUGACACUCCAAAAAGGAUGGCUUUGAAUAAAUCGAUGCAUGCAAGGAACAGGUACAAGGAUAAGCCUCCUGACUUUGCAUAUCUGGCAUCCAAGUACCCAGAUUUUAAGCAGCAUGUCCAGAUAAAUCUGACUGGAAGAGUCAGUCUUAACUUCAAGGACCCUGAAGCUGUCAGAGCUUUGACAUGCACUCUCUUAAAAGAAGACUUUGGACUUUCCAUUGAUAUUCCUUUGGAAAGGCUCAUUCCUACGGUUCCACUUCGUCUCAACUAUAUCCACUGGGUGGAAGAUCUGAUUGGCCCUUGGGAUCCAGCCAGGAGUGCCCUCCGCCGGGGGAUUGACAUUGGUACAGGAGCAUCUUGCAUCUAUCCUUUACUUGGAGCAACUCUCAAUGGCUGGUAUUUCCUUGCAACAGAAGUGGAUGAUAUGUGCUUUAAUUAUGCUAAGAAAAAUGUGGAACAGAAUAAUUUAUCUGAUCUCAUAAAAGUGGUUAAAGUACCACAGAAGACACUCCUAAUGGAUGCUCUUAAAGAGGAAUCUGAGAUCAUUUAUGAUUUUUGCAUGUGCAACCCUCCCUUUUUUGCCAACCAGUUGGAAGCCAAGGGAGUAAACUCUCGAAAUCCUCGUAGGCCUCCCCCAAGUUCUGUAAACACUGGGGGUAUCACAGAAAUCAUGGCAGAAGGAGGUGAAUUAGAGUUUGUCAAGAGAAUCAUCCAUGACAGUUUGCAGCUGAAGAAGAGACUGAGAUGGUACAGCUGCAUGCUUGGAAAGAAAUGCAGUCUGGCUCCAUUGAAGGAAGAGCUUCGCAUACAAGGGGUCCCCAAAGUCACGCACACUGAAUUCUGUCAGGGGCGCACAAUGAGAUGGGCCUUGGCUUGGAGCUUUUAUGAUGAUGUGACAGUACCUUCACCUCCAUCUAAGAGAAGAAAAUUAGAAAAACCCAGGAAGCCCAUUACAUUUGUGGUCUUAGCAGCCACAAUGAAAGAGUUAUCCCUCAAAGCUUCUGCUGCAGGCUCAGAGACUGUGGAAGGCAUAGCAGUUAUUACAACAUGGCUUGAAAAAAUCCUCACUGAUCUGAAGGUUCAGCAUAAACGAGUUCCCUGUGGAAAAGAGGAAGUUAGUCUUUUCCUAACAGCUGUAGAAAACUCUUGGGUUCAUUUAAGGAGAAAGAAAAGAGACAGAGUGAGGCAACUGAGAGAAGUUCCUCGAGCCUCUGAAGACUUCAUCCAGGCUAUGGAAGAGGAGAAACCCAUGUCCAAAGAGAUUGAAAAUAACCCAGAUGGGUCCAAGAGCACUGAUGAGAGUUCCCCACUCAGGCCUGCCAUGUGUGGAACUGAAACAACUGUGUCUAAAAGACAUCAUCCAGACCAAGGAGACAGUAGCCAAGAGCCAAUGGAGGAAGGGACUGAGAAAAAGGGAAGGACAGAGAAUUUAGAAUGUUCCAGGGGUUCUCUCUGUGCCACUGAAGAGCUAGAUGCUUCUGAAGAAGUCACCAAUACAGUGGCUCAAAAAGAGAAAAAUUCUACAGGGACCCUUGGACAUUAUUUGUUUAAGUGUUUAAUAAAUGUCAAGAAGGAGGCAAACGAUGACACAGUAGUAGAGAUGCAUUGGGUUGAGGGCCAGAAUAGGGAUUUAAUGAACCAGCUUUGUACGUAUUUACGCAACCAGAUUUUCAGGCUUGUUGCUAGUUAGCCAUAACAACCUCCUGGCACAGCUGGGUCCAUCAGUGUAAGACAACUUGCCUUUUAGAACUUCUUUUUACUAAUUCAGGGGAAAAAAGAAUGACACUAGCACUAAUUUUUAAAAAAAGUAUUCCAGUGGGUCAAUAUUGGAAUGGAUUUUUUUAGAUGUUGGGAAUCGCUGUGAAGUGACACCAGAGGACAUGUCCCGGGUAUCAAUAACAAUAAAAAAAAAACCUACCAGGAGUCUUUGACUGUGGACAGAUUUAAAUUUGACUGGCUUAGUGUUGGACUGGCUCUGAGGCCAUCAGACUGUGUAGCAUUGAGGUUUGGGUCAGGCAUCUGUUUCAUUUUGGCUGAGAAGGCACCUUGGCUUCCAGUGAUGUGCUCAAUCUUUCAGACCUUCUGGAAGGCUGCUGCUUUAGAAAGGCAAGUGGGUUUCAUUAUCUACACUCAGAAGUCGGCAUUCAAGACUGAAAUUGCUUAACUCCUGUUUUCUUGUGAUUGACCCUUCCACCUAUGUCCCUGCCCCAUGCCCCAGCCCAUAUCUUGCAAACAGGUCAGCGGGUGGAUCACAGGAAGAAAGACAUUGACAAGAGGAGUGUGCUUCAUGAGUAAAGGAGAGUUGUUACUCGGCUCUUUGAUGCUCUUGCUCUAACACCUAUUCUCCACUAAGAGCCCUGGCCAGUCAAGGAAGCCACACUGUUUCCCCUAGUUUGUAUACAGUGGUGUUCUUCCCCAGCAUUAAUUCCAUACAAUUUUGGGUUUGUUUUCAAAUGUCAACUGAGAUCCAUUUGAUGUACGCACACACAUAUGUACGCACAGACAUCUACACACAUAGAAUAUUCAGAAAUGAAAAGGGGCAGUUCUAUUUUUUGUCUUAGAAGGCAGCCUGUGAUUGAUUUGAAGUUGUCAGAAACUAGUAACACAUAUUUGUUGGUGAAGUAUGUACUCUCUUGGCAACCAGAGUCUAAACCUUGAAAAGUUCAUUUGUCAACAAGUAAAUUGAUGCUGAUUGAAUGUUGGAAUCUAAGAAUUCCAAUGAUUAUCCUCUAUAUCAACUAUUAUCCUCAUUUUAUUUUCUUACUAGCAUUAGAAUUUUGAUUCCUAGUGUAACUACCUUCUCAAAACAAGUGUUCCAAAUAACAGUGCUUUGGUUUUAGUUAGAUUGGAAAGACUAGGGAUUUGUUUUAAUGUGGGAAUUAUCUCCAAGUCUUCCCUUCUCCAAGACCAGUAUUCUCUAUUCACUUGUCUAUUCUGCUACAGUUCUGAAAUUUUAUAUAUUUAGAUUUGGGUAUCUAGAUAAAAAUAUAUCUCACUCCCUCUUCCUUCUUCUUGGAAAAAGAAGCAUAAGCACUGAGGUUUUUAGAGGAGGACCAAAGGAAAGCUGCCCUGGAUACACUUGGGAUUCCUUUGCCCACACAUGUUGGCUUCAUUGUUACAAGCAUGUAUUUGUGAUUUCCUAUCAUAGAAUGUUAGAGCUAGGAGAGACCUCAGAGGUAUUUUGUCUGAUCCUCCUCCUCCUCACACCCUCUAUUAUACAGCUAAGGAAACUGAGUAUCAGGGCCAUGAAGCUAAUUGGGAGCAGUGCUUGUGAACUCAGAUUAAAUGAUAGCUCUUCAUAUUUACAACAGAGAAUAGCGCUUGCUGUUUUUGCUACUGAAGGAAGUGAAUAAGCAUUUCAAUAGCACCUGCUAUGUGCCAGGAAUUUUGCUAAGUGCUUUUUAAAUUAUCUCAUUUGAUCCUCUCAGCUACCCUGUUGUGGCAGGUGACUUAUGAUUCUCAUUUUACCUUUGAGGAAACUUGAGGCAGAUUAUGUUGUGACUUGCCCAGAGUUACAACUAGUAUCUGAGGCUGGAGUUGAACUCAGGACCUCUUGGAUUCCAGGCUCAGUGUUCUACCCAUUGCACCAUCAGCUACCUUUUUGGGAUAGGAGUAAAGGGAAAGGGAUCUUAGAGGUUCUGUAGUACGAACCUUUUGAUGAGGUCACUUAGAGUGCUAGAAUUUGACCUUUGGCUCCUGAUCUGGUGGCCCAGAGUCAUUGUGGAUGAUUUCCUAGGCUGCCCCUAUGAUCUGUGGAAGGGUAUAAAAUGUCUCCCAUUGAAUGAAGGCUUUAGAUUUUGGAAGAGUUAAGCCAGUGUUGCGCUUGGAUUUAAAACCAUGUGGAGGAGAGUAGAGCUUGUCUGGAUGAGACCCCUCCUGGGGAAAAACAGGCUCCUUUUUGACCCAGGGAGGCCCACAGUGUUAUCCUUGUUUACAGAGCAUUGACAUUCAUAAAACAACUUGUUAAUUAUUUUAAAAAUGUUUUUGCCUAAGCACAUAUUUUCCAGUUGGGCUAGAGGGUGGUACAGAUGGAUGUCUUCCUUUAUUAAGAAGUAGAUUGUUGCUCUGAAGCAUAUGAUUGGCUUUAUUCAUAAAAUCAGCACUGGGCUGGCUGUGGAGCUUAGAGGUCAAGACCUUUCCGGAAGAAAGGUCUCUGUAAUAAGUAGCAACAGUCUUUAGUAGAUGGGCCUAGAAAUAGUCUGGUAACCCUGCUGCCGGUGCCCAUGCGCCUGGGAGAGGGAAGGUGAGCUUGCCUUUGACUAGCUGGCCUUGUUCCCUAUCCAUGGGAAUGGCUGUCCUUUCAGACCCCCUUUGCAGCUGGGUAGUCACAUUUACCAGGCUUGUUCCUGCCACGUUUUACAUCCAUGGCCUUGAAGCAGGCUGAGUGCAGGUCACAGGGAAAGUGCUGGGUGAGGACACCCGUCUAUUUACUUCUCUUGGUACCUAAAGCUCUUAUCUGGCCUUGCUUUUAAAAGUUGACCCCACCUGCUUUGUAAAGACUGUUACUCUCAGAGGCAGAAGCCAGCUGUUUAGCCAACACGUUGGGGGGGUUCAGGUUCAUUUCCUGUCCAAGGACCUGCACUGUAUUGGAGGCCAGCAGGGCCUGGCAUUCCCUCUCCUAGCCACAUGGGGGCAAUGGAGAACUUUUUUAUGAAACACUCUUAUGGGAAAGUGUUUGUGCCAUUUUCUUGAAGUACUUUUAUAUUUUAAUUGUCUCCAGAAUGAAGAUUAGUUUUCCAUUUAAGCCCUGCUUCCUCCUCAGCUAUCAUUUGACUUUGUCUUUGCUAUUAAUUAGCCUUUAAAGAGCUGAUCACCACCCAGUUAAAGAGCUGAUCACCACCCAGUGAAUCUGCACCCUCCGACCUGACUAGAAAUUUGGAGCAGCUCCAAGGAAGAAGUUAUUUGGAGCAUUCUCUUAUCAGGUUUUUCAUUGUUUUCCUUUUCCCUAUUUGGUUUGAUAGUCUGCUUGAGUGAAUAAUACUCCUUGUACAUUGCUGUUUAAACUAGGGCAGCCUGUUGAAUGGUGAGGGCACCAGUGGCCGUACAGUGGCCGUACAUCACCUUUAGGCCCUGAAGCUCCUCCUCUGGAAUGUGUGUUGUAGUUCUGGACCUGAUUAGGACAUUGUGAAGAUUCUGCCUCACCAGCACCUUAUGCUUUAUGGCCAUUAGACUGGCACUGAGUUCAGUUCCUGCCUUGUUUAGGGGGCUGCCUUUGGGAGAAGGAAGGAGCCACGUAUUGAGGUUGUUGAGAGGAUUCACUCAUCAGGCAAGAAUUUAAACUAUGACCUUUGAUUCCUGUGAGCACAGAUGUGCUAGGCUGGGAUGCUGUGGCCUUGUUUCAGUACCAUUCAGGGCAGUGGGCCUUGGGUAAGGAUAUGGCCAAAUUGAAAGAACACUGGUUGGCCUUUGGGAACUGACCUCUGAGUAUUAACUGAAUGAAAAUUCUUAUACUCGUAGACUAUAGACAACCAGAAGAGAAAUCACUAUGUAUGCUCCAAAAGGCACUGUAGGACCAGCUAGGGGCCUGCAUUUUAGGAAGGAUCUGGACAAGUGGGACCAAGGUAUCAAGGAACCAGGGAGAACAUGGUAGCAUUCUUCAAGGGUUUGAAGGAAUAUGAUGAGGAAGAAGGAUUUAACUUGUGUUUUAUCCCAGGAACAGAAAUAGGAGGAAUGGCUGGGAGGAAAAAUAGCAGAUUUAAGGAAGAGGAAAGUAAAGUAGCUAAUUGAGGUAUCUAAAAGAAAGGAUCCUCCCCUAAGGUAAUAAGUUCCUUCUACUUGAAAUUUUCAAGGAGAAAAGCUGCAUUCUAGGCCACUUGUUAUAUAAAAGGAAGGUUUGGCCAGGUAUGAGUUGAACUGUUUGCCCUCUGAAUUCCUUUGCAUAUCUUGGAUUUUGUGAUUUGGUGGAUGCUAGUGCCUCUAUACCCCAGAAUAGCUUAAUGGCCCUAGUGGGUGAGAGCUAGCUCCCUGGGGCCAUGCUUUGAUUUCUUUAGGUCUCUUUAGCUACAUGUGUAAAUGCCCCUGUUGGUUUCAGGCACUCCUUGGCACCAUAGAGAGCUUUGUGAAGGUACAUUGCCUUCACUUCCCAACAUGGUCCAGGAUUCUUGGGGCUGAACCUCUCAGGGUGCUAUGCUGUGACUCACUGAGAUGAGUAAAACAGCAAUUUAUUUAUUUAAUUGAUAAUUGGAGCAGCCAAUGCUACAUUUAGUAGGCUUGCAUUUGUGCUUUGAAGGAAGCAUGUUUUGACUAUGGCAAGGGCUCUGUGUCUCACUGCUGCCACUGACAUGUAGUUUCUUAGUCUAAUCAGAAACAGCAUUACUUUAAGCCUCUGCUAGGGAGAUCUAUUGCACUAGUGAUUAAGACAUUAGUUGGUGCUGAUCACAUUAGUUGGAGCAGGUUAACAAGCUAGCAUUGGAUUAUGUUCAUAUCUUUAAAGAGAAGAGAUGCCGUAUUAAUCCAAAAUAAUAGUAUGGUGGAUUUGGGCCCUUUGGAUGCAGGUUGGGAUGGGUGGAAUGGAAGAAGCUCUCAAAUUCUCAUUUUUGUUGGAAAGGCUAGACUUGUGUGAGUAAACCAUUUCCCCCAAAAAGACACUUUUUAAUUAUGUGAGGGGUGGGGUUGGGGUAGGGUAUGUGUAUGUAAAGAAAAGUCCCUUUUUUUAACAUUUAAUAAUUAAAUACUUGUAACAUUCUUUCAACUUUGCUUCCUAUGAUCAAUGACUAAGGGUGUGAGUAAUUGAAAAAACUAAUAAUUCAUCCUUAAUUUAUGCUACCAGUUCUUUAUCAAAUUUUAUAUAUGGCCCAAAUAUUAGAGAAGUCAUACAAAAUAAAAGUGUCUUGUGAAAGUACAUGUUGGACUAGAAUCAAUGUCUAGUAACUGAACUACCCAAGGACAAUUUGGUACUAUGGAAUUGGGUGAUCUUGGAUGUGAUGCUUGAUUUUCUUUCUUUAUUAGCAGUCGGUACCAAGUAGCUCGGUUACAAAACACACAACCACUUCGCUUUUUGAUUUUUGUUCCUUGUGAGAUCUUGCUGCCUCUGGCAUGUCCGUCGUAGGUUUUUCCUGGUGCAGGUGUUAUCUGUCACUAAAUGGGGAUGGGCAGGAUAGCUAGUGCUUCUCUCAGUGUGAUAGAGGCAGGCAGGGGGGGCAGUAGGAGGAUUCUUAACUCAUCCUGACAUCCUCUCCAUCAUAGGGUUAUAAAGCCGAGGCCGAGUCAGAAGAUCCCUCCCCCACCUUAGAUAGGUUUGUGAUCUUGAUAUGUGGGGUAAAGGGAACAGGGUGGCAGGGCUAAAGCCUGGAAUGCCACCCUCUACCAGCCUGGAGUCCAUGUGCUUCCAGAUGGGCUUGCGUGAGGACUGGAACACCCAGAGGUCUACUUCCAGGAUGAGUCCAUGCUCUUCCCUUUGGUAAGAUGUGGCCAUACUCUAGCUGAUGGGUCUGAAAAUGUGUGUCCCGCAUACUGACCUGGACUUAGGAAGAGUUUGGCUUCUUGUUUACCCUUGGGGGGGGGGGGGAGCAGCAGUGUUCUCUAACCUGAGUUUAGGCUGGAUCAAGAGUAUUUUGUUGUGUAAGCCAGGGAAGGCUGGGCCCUCUCUAGAAAAGCCUAGCUUUGCCAAAAGGACCAGACCAUUUCAUUGUGGGGGGUGGACAGUUUCUGUGGGAUGGGAGGCAGAGGUUGCUGUUUGUGAAGUAUUAAGAGUAGAAGGUCCCCACAGCUGGGGAAAACCUAACCAAAGGACAGGUGAAUUGUAGAGGGUGCUGCAGACUACAGGAGAGCCCCACGUUUAAAGGAUAGUCACAAUACAGAGAUGGAAAAAAGCAGGCCUUUGUUUACACUGGAAGUCCCCUCCCUGUCUUGUUCCUUCACUGCUCAGAGAUGGAGAAAGGCCUUGCUCCAGAGUGACAGGAGAGGAGACUAUCAUAGUGUGGUAAGGAAGGGGCAAGAAUGUGAGGAAAAUUCUGGACCUGCUUUGUGAGUAAAACUAGGAGGGACGGUAGGCCCAGGGAUCUGGUGGGAAGGAAGGUCAAAACUAGAUUCAGGUUGAGAGAUCAUAUUAUAUUCUUAGCAUGUCAUUGGAAUUGUCAGCAGGAGCCCUGUCAUAAAUCACUGGGCUUCCCAGCUGGGAAUGGGGAACUAUGGGCAUAGAUUGCAGCAAGGUCUAAAAGAGGAAAAGCAGAAAUUGGAUUCUUUGACUUAGUGGGAGUGAGUGUAUCACCUGGGAGUGAGAGAAAAAAAUGUUUUUGGAAACUAGAGGCCAAAAGCUACACCCAAACCCUGUUUGAUUCCUAGACAGUAAAGAAAGUUCAGAGCACUUGCUCAGUGUUUUGCUCUUGUGAGAACUAGGUCCUUUAGAAGGAAUUUGGCAUUGAUAAGAUGAGCAGUGCUUGACUGAGCCCUGGGCUUUACUAUUCCCUUUUCCUUCCCCUGCCGCUGUCUUAUCCCUUUCCCCAUGUAGGGUUUGCCAGAGAUCUGGCAUUGCUGCAUGCCGUGGUGUUGCCUUCAGCUUCUGCUGGAUUCUGACUUGGGGAUGUGAUUGCCUUUCCUAGAGAGCAUUAAGUAUUGGCCCAAAUUACAGACCAUUCCAUUUUGGGACGUGGUGUUCACUGUUGCAGAAAGGGAGCUUGGACUAAGGGAGAGAUAAAAAGGGAGGGAAACUGGCCUUGGUGUUUUCUUAGGAAAUAUUGAUUGCUUCCCUGCCUGCCCCUCUAGAUUAUAGAUAUUUUGCUUGAGGUCCCAGCUGGCAUCUGACUUGGACUGGAAGGCCCUCUUUCCAUUUGUGUUCCCAUAUUUCUGUCUAAUCCUGCUUCCAUGAUCUGACAAUUGACUUUCACAAGACUGCUUCUUUCCAUUCAUAUAAGUCAUCACCUUUUCAUCUCAGCCCUUGCUAGCAUUCCUCACAUCUCCAGGUUUCUUUUUAACCUACUGCACUAUUGGCCCCAUGGUUGGAUUUCUUGGAGAAGCUUAAUGUCUGGCUCCUUCUCCCUUUACCUUUGACCCAAGUUUCUUUGCAUGUUACUCAAAGGCAGGUUAAUUGCCUUGGCACAAAUCCCUUCUAGGAUUGCCCAUCACCUUGUUAUUUCUAGAACUGGAGGUGCUUCUGGGAAGGCUCUAGAAAAAAACAAACCCAUCAAGGUUUGGGCAGAGGGGCCCCCUGGCCCCCAAACCUGAAACUAUUGCAUUGCUGUCUCUGCCAGGCUCUUACCUUGUUUGGAUAUCACUUAGCAAAGCUGUGUUAUAACUGGAGGGAGGGUUGGGGUUCAACUCUUUUCACUUUUUCUUGUCAUCUAUGGAGUUGUAGGCUCCAUUCAUAGAGCUCUUUCCCUGAACAGGCUGGGGUCAUGGGAGGUAGGCUUGAAUUCAGGCACUGCCUUUGACCAUCUCUAGAGGAAGUUAUUGAACGUUCCUGAACUUCAGUUUCUUCACCUAUAAAAUAGAGGGUUCACCUGAGAUCAUCGUUUCUUAGAGGGAGCACCAGAAAUCCGAGAUGGACAGUUGGAAGUCAGAUCAUCUUAUAGCUUGGAAUAGAGGUCAGAACGGUACAGUGGGCCCUCCAUAGAAGAGCCGGUUACUACGUCCUUCAUGGUGCAGUGAUAGAGAAGCCAAUCUUUCUCUGUAGAAAUAAAACGUAUAUGGAUGGUUACUUGGGCUUAGCCAGUGGAGAAUGGAAAGAUGUCUCUCAACCACUGACCUCACUGUACCCCUGUACUGAGAAAAGGGGUGGGAUUGGGGCAGGUUGGCUUCCAAGAGUAGUCUUGUCAGAUCAGAGAAAUCUUCAGCAGAGGCCAGACAAGUAUGGCUGAGGCUUCAGGGGAGUCACCUUGGCCACAAGCCUUAGUGAGUGAUCUUUGAUUCAAAAUCAAUCAGCUGACUUUUGGUCACAAGCAUGCAAUUUAAGGGUUUGUCCAAAUGUUCCCUUAUCCCUUGCUUCUUUCUCUCCUUCAAUAAACUCCCUUCGGUGCUUCAUGCAUAGGUAAGAGUUUCAUAAAAGCAUUAGGAAAGAAUGAGAAAUUCUGCUCAGAAAUGUUAGAAUAUUAGGAUUCUAUUUCCUUCUCAAAAUGAUACAUAAUCUUACAGAAGCACUUUCUAGGCAUCUUUGACCCUCUCAAUCCACUGAACCCAGUGUACCCUCCCCCCCCCCCCCCAUUCCCAAUUCCUGCCAUCCCAAAGGGGUUUGGGGGAAUGAUCUUCAGUACCGGCAGCAUCUUAGAAUAGAUUCAAACUUUGGAAUGUGGAGGUUAGAGAUGGAAGGCAACACUUCACCAUAAAAAGUACAUUCCUAAUUCCAUGUGUCUCCAAUAUGUAAGGAGCAGAUCUUGAGUCCUGGGACCCCCAUCAGGAUGCAAAUCUGAGUUUGUAAAAUGGGUAUCUGUUUGGGGAAAUGAUAUAUGGACUCAAUGGCCUACCUCUGGAAAGUUGAGACCUUUGCUUCCACUGAUGAAACAGAACCAGAAUGCUUUGGGGUCUGUGGAGGAGAUCCUCAGCCAUAGCCAUAGAGGUCCCCUUAACCUUAUCUGAAGUGGCAAGUCCUAUCCAGGAAAUGCACAGCCCUUCGGUUUUUGUUGUUGUUGUUGUUGGACUGUCAAAUUGACCUCUUCCUCUUCUCAUUACAGUAACUGAAACAGGCCAAGUAAACAUGGUGCCUGCACACCAGCCUGCUGACCCUGCUUCUUGCCUGGGCUCCACAGUGAGGACAGAGAUAUCCCUUAGGGGACUUUGUAUCUUCAGAAUGAGUAGGUAGGCUGUAAAUGCCUAGCAGCAGAUCUGAAGCCUUGUUGCUAAACUCUUGUGCCUAACGUUGCCAGGCUCAUUGUCCCCAUAUGACCCAAAUAAACGGACAAUCAUGUGAACCAA